CAGGGGCAUUGUGGGAUAUCGGGCAGUAAAGUCAGUCCUCCGAGUUCCACUGAAGGAAAUGGCAACCAACAUUGAACAGAUUUUUCGGGAUUUUGUGAUGAAUAAAAUAAAAGAAAUAGAAGAUGAAAGCCAGGAUAAGAGCCAUACAGACAAGGCGGAGUCUAAUAAUGAGGAGUCGCAUGCUGACCACGAGACAGGAGUAAAUAAAGCAGCAGCUCAGAUUGAAGUGUUGAGCAAAGCCACAGAUAAAGUCUCAAAUAGCAUGUCCCAAGGCAACGGUAGCAAAGAAGAAUUUCAUACUAAACACAAGAAAUCUAAAAAGCACAAAAAACAUAAAAGUAAAAAGAAGAAGAAGAAGAAACAUAAGGAAGCAAAAGAGAGCAGCUUGGAGUCAGAGUCGGGUGGAGAGACGCAAGCAAGUGUCAAAAAAAAGAAGAGAAAGAAAAAGAAGAAACACAAACAGGGAGAAAAAGGCAAAAAGUUUGAUUCGCAGUCUGGUAGCUCUUCUGAAUCCGAGUCUGAAUCUGAGUCUGAAAUGAAACCUUUGGGUGAAACUGUGAAAACCUUAACUGGGAAGACGCCUCAGGAUUUACCUGACAUUAUUCCUAAGCUUGAGACAGCUUCUGACAAACACAAAGAAAGUAAAAGAGCCAAAAGGAGCUCGAGUCGCUCAAGAACAUCCCGGCAAGACAAGAGUUUGAGAAGGCAGCGCUCCUGUUCCAGUUCAAGCAAACGGAAAGCAAAACACAGAUCCAGGUCCCGCUCACCGAGACGAUCUCCAAGAUCACGGUCUAAAUCACAGUCAAGGAAAAGCCCAGGAAGACCGUCUACACAGAAAAGAUGGAGGAGUAGAUCCAGGUCACAUUCGAGAUCACAGCGACGUAACAGACGGUCCAGAUCUCGUUCAGCCAGAAGAGGCAGAUGUUCACGAUCCAGGUCACGGUCUAGACAAACUAGAUCAAGGUCUCAUGUAAGGAAGAGCAGAAGAUCUCGGUCAAAAAGUAGGUCCCGUUCAUAUCAUUCCAGACAGUCUAGGUCUCCGAGACGGGACAGGCGUUCUACAUCAAGUUCCCGGUCAAAAUCGAGAUCUUUUUCAAGUGAUGAACAUCCUGAGAGGGAGAGACAAAAGAACAGUACAGCUGCAGAAAUAAAGCAUGAUGAUAGCUCUCUAAACAAAAAUCUCAGUGAAGCAGAAAAUGGAGACAAAGAAAAAAGUCAGACCGUGACAGUGACUCCCUCUGCCAGUAUUAUAAAUGAUGACCAAGUCACUCGACUUGGAGGCUCCUGGAGACCGAUUCCUCUCUUGGAUGCAAGUGUGUCUGUUUCUGGCUCCUCUGAGCCCAACCCUACAGUAAAGUGCAUUACACCCACAAUGCCUUUGGAUAUGAAAGAUGUUUCAGCAUGUACCUCAGGUGGGUCUAGAGACCUCCAGAGCACUGAAAAGACAGAUGAUCUUGCUAGUGCUGAACUGACAGACUCCCAAGUAUUUAAACACAAGUCCAUAUCACCACCGAAUCAAAGGCACUCAAAAUCACCUUCAAGGAAAAGAUCAACAUCCAGUUCUCCUUUUAAACGAAGGAAGUCCAGAUCAUCCUCCAGAGACAGCAGGAAGUCUCCUUUGCAAAGGAAAAGAUCCAAGUCCAGAAAACGGACUAGGCGCUCUAAAUCCAAGUCGCCCAAAAGGAAAAGGUCAAAAUCCCAUUCGCCAGGGCGCCGGAGAAGGUCUAGGACCUCGGAUAGAAAGCGGUCAAAAUCUAGACACCGGUCUCGCUCUAAAUCAAGAAGGUCUAGGUCUGGCUCACGUCGGAAAAGAGGUGGUUUCAGGAACCGAAUGUUUAGUCAGCGAGAUCGAUGGAAACGAGAACCGAGCCAUUCUCCUGUGGUCAUCCUGCGGAAAAAAAGGUCGACCUCUCGAUCUCGCCGUAGCACUAGCAAGACACCUCCACGCCUUACUGAGCUUGAUAAAGAACAAUUGCUUGAAAUUGCCAAGGCUAAUGCUGCAGCUAUGUGUGCUAAAGCUGGUAUGCCAAUUCCAGAGAGUCUGAGGCCAAAAACUGUCCCUCAGCUGUCCUUGCCAACCCCAAAUCCCACACAAUUGCCUUUACCCCUGGCCCUACCUGUCAAUCUCCCCAUGGGAAUACAAGGGAUGUCCAUGAAUGCUGCAGUGGCUAGCAUGACUGCUGCCACCAUGACUGCAGCUCUAUCUGGUAUGAAUGCGCUUGCUGCCAUGCCACAGUUGGCUCCCUUACCCACAAUAACCAACAAGCCUCCACCUUCAGCCACGUCAAAUCUGAAUCUGGUUACUAUUGAAGAAGCGAAAAAAAAGUUGGCAAAACAAGCAAACAGCUACAGCAUCAAGGAGCUCACGGAAAAAUGCAAAAAGAUUGCGGAGAGUAAAGAGGAGAUGGCUAUUGCAAAGCCACACGUUUCAGAUGAUGAGGAAGACGACAGGCCAUUUGGAGGAGUUGCCCUUAAGGAGAAUAAGGGCAUUACAUUCAGUCUCAGUAACCCCUCUGCAAAGCCAGCAGUAAGGUCUGAGGCUGCUUUUGCCAAGGAGUUCCCAGUGUCUUCAGGUUCACAGCACCGCAAAAAGGAGGAAGAUGGAGUGUAUGGAGAGUGGAUCCCUGUGGAAAAAAAGACUGAUAAAGCAGGGACUCCAUCAGCAGCUCCUGCACCUGAGGAUCAGAACAAAACCAACGACAGCGUCUUUCCUGAGGCACCCUCGCAGCCAGUGGACAUCACACUUGCAAUUACUGAAAGGGCAGUGGCACAGAAGAGACUGGCAGAGAAUCCUUUUGACAUCAAUGCCAUGUGUAUGCUUAAUCGUGCACAAGAGCAGGUGGAUGCUUGGGCCCAGUCCAACACAAUCCCAGGUCUAUUCACUGGUUCAACAGGUGCUCAAGUGCUCUCGUCUGAAGAGCUGUCCAACAGUGGCCCGCAGGCUUGGCUCAAGAAGGACCAAUUCCUGCGUGCUGCCCCAGUCUCAGGAGGCAUGGGAGAGUUGCUGAUGAAAAAGAUGGGUUGGCGUUCUGGAGAAGGCCUCGGCAAACACAGAGAAGGCACAGUGGAACCCAUUGUAAUAGACUUCAAAACUGACCGCAAGGGACUAGUAGCAGAGGGGGAGAAGACCCAGAAAUCUUGUAAUAUGGUCAUGAUGAAGGAUCUUUUAGGGAAGCACCCAGUGUCUGCGCUGAUGGAGUUGUGUAAUAAGAAAAAAUGGCCACAGCCAGAGUUUGCCAUGGUGCUCCACAGUGGUCCUGAUCACCGGAAGAAUUUUCUCUUUAAGGUGAUGGUGAAUGGAUGCGAUUACCAGCCCCAGACAGCCAGCCCCAACAAAAAGCAUGCCAAGGCCAUGGCAGCUACAUUGGCUCUCCAGGCCAUGGGGGAGAUCGCAGGGGACAAUAUGCAUUCAGGACCUCAGUUCACAGCAGCCACCAACGCCUGAUUAGCACAGCAACACACAUUUCUCAUUUGAUUUGUCUGCUAGAUAUCCUUUCUGAUCCCUUUUUUUUUCCCCAUUUUUUUUUUAAUUGCUGAUUUUAGUUUUGUGGAUUCCUCCUUUUGUAAACGCAUCCUUACAAAUUUCUUGGCCAGGCCCAGGUCUGUAUGUUUAACGCUGUGUGUUUGAGCUGACGUGUAAGCCUGGAAAGCUUAGCCAAAAGUCAUUACUGACCAGUAGAAGAUAUUUUAAGAAUCUUUCUUGGGCUUUACAGAGCAGCUUCUUUUUGUAACCCGGAUUUUCUGUUCUCUCCUUCUGCUGUACUACAGGCUUGAUUUGUUAAACAUGUUGAUACAAUGUCCUGAUACUGAGUUCUAUGUUUUAUACAGGAUUAGAUGAUGGUUAAAUUUACAAAAUUGAAAACAUAAUGGAUAAACUUUAUUUUUUCUUCAUUAUGAAGAGAUUACUGGUAUGUUGUAGUAUUUCUUUGGUCUACAUAUCAUGCAUAUGAUAUAAUUUGGACCACUCCUGUUAAUGUUUUGAGUUGUGGACAGGUGGAAUUUGAUAAAUGUAAUAAAUUUGUCGUUUCCAGGACACAUUUUGAAUGACUGACUGUAUUAGCUAAGGGUCUUCCUCCCUCCCCCCUACUCCGUUGUCAGUAUUAGGUUGAGCCAAGUGUAAUGCAUGUGUAAAAUUGUAAUUUUUUUUAAAGUAAUAUUAAAAAUAUUCUAAUAAAAUAUUGCUUUAUUUUUAUAUAA